UACAGCUCCCGGCGGCCCGCGCUGCCCGCCCCUCCCCGCCCCUGCCGCAGAGCCGGGCGGGCCCCGCUCCCGGUGCAGGUGGCCGGGCCCCAGCGGACGUCCCGGAGUCCGGCCACGAUGCUGCGUUUGGCUGCUUUUGCAGCUGUGCUGCUAUUCUUGAGGGUCACUCUGGAACUGUCCUGGGCCCAGGCCAUCCCUGCUCUCUUCAUCUUCUACCUGGCAUCCGGUGGAUGGGACUUCUUCCUCAUAUUCCUCAAGACAAUACCAAGGGACAUCAGCACGGGGCUGGUCCUGUUGCGGGUGAAGUGGCAGGUAUGGAGGCACGUGAGGGAGAAGAACACAAUCGCCAAAAUCUUCCAGAAGACCGCAAGGAAGUAUUCAGAGAAGACAGCACUGAUCUUCCAAGGCACAGGCGAGAGCUGGACCUUCCAUCAACUGGACGAGUACUCCAACCAGGUGGCCAAUUUCUUCUACAGCCAAGGCUUCCGCUCGGGUGACGUGGUGGCGCUUUUCAUGGAGUCCCGCAAUCAGUACGUGGGGCUGUGGCUCGGCCUGGCCAAGAUCGGGGUGGAGACGGCCCUCGUGAAUUCCCACCUGCGCUUGGAUGCCUUGCUGCACUGCAUCACCAUCUCCAGCUCCAAAGCUGUGGUUUUUGGGGUGGAAAUGAUGGAAGCAAUGCAGGAAGUGCAGCCCUCCCUGGAUAAAUCCAUCCAUCUGUUCUGGUCCGGGGAAGAAAAUUCUAAAUCCGUGCUUCCUGGUGCAAAACACCUGGACCCCCUCCUGCAGAUGGCCCAGCGACACCAGCCAGCUCCCCCUGAUAAGGGCUUUCUUGAUAAACUCUUCUACAUCUACACCUCUGGCACGACAGGGCUGCCCAAGGCUGCCAUCGUGGUGAACUGCCGGUACUUCCGCAUGUCCAGCUUAGUUUUUUACGGUUUUCGGAUGAGGUCCGAUGAUGUGAUGUACGACUGCCUCCCGCUCUACCAUGCUGCAGGGAACAUCGUGGGGAUUGGGCAGUGCCUGCUGCAGGGCAUGACGGUUGUCAUCCGCAAGAAGUUCUCGGCCUCACAUUUUUGGGAGGACUGUGUGAAAUACAACUGCACGAUCGUGCAGUACAUCGGGGAGAUCUGCCGCUACCUGCUGAACCAGCCAUACCAGGACACGGAGCGGCAGCACCGGGUGCGCAUGGCCGUGGGCAACGGGCUGCGGGCCUCCAUCUGGAGGGAGUUCAUGGCUCGCUUUGGCAUCGCCCAGGUGGCCGAGUUCUACGGGGCCACCGAGUGCAACUGCAGCCUGGGAAACUUUGAUGGCAACGUUGGGUCAUGUGGCUUCAACAGCAGGAUCCUACCAGGUGUGCACCCCAUUGGUUUGGUGAAGGUGGAUGAAGACACUAUGGAGCUGAUCCGGGGACCGGAUGGUGUCUGUAUCAGCUGCAAACCAGGGGAGCCAGGGCAGCUGGUGGGUCGCAUUGUCAGGAGCAAUCCCCUGCAGCACUUCGAUGGGUACCUGAAUCAGUCGGCCACCAACAAGAAAAUUGCCAGGGACGUGUUUACAAAAGGGGAUGUUGCCUAUCUCACAGGGGAUGUCCUGGUGAUGGACAAGUAUGGCUACAUGUACUUCCGAGACCGCACCGGGGACACCUUCCGAUGGAAAGGGGAGAACGUCUCCACCACGGAGGUGGAGGGAACACUGAGCCGCAUCCUCAGCCUGACAGACGUGGUGGUUUAUGGUGUGGAGGUCCCAGGGGUUGAAGGGAGGGCAGGAAUGGCAGCCAUCGCCGACCCAGAGAACUCCUGUGACCUAGAAGACUUUUCCAGCAAGCUGAAAAAGGCCCUGCCACUGUAUGCACGUCCCGUCUUCCUGCGGUUCCUGCACGAAGUCUCCAAGACAAGCACUUACAAGUUUCAGAAGAUGGAGCUGCGGAAGCAGGGCUUUGACCCCGCGCUGGUGAAGGACAGGUUGUAUUUUCUGGACUCCAGGCAAGGCUGUUACCUGCCACUGGACCAGGCAGCGUUCAGCAGAAUCCAGUCAGGAGACCAGAAGCUGUAACUGGUGGGGCUCAAACCAGGCACCUCCCAAAUCCUGCUGGGGAGAGGGGGCAAGGCAGGCACUGGGGAAGGAAAGGUUCACAGAGUGAUAUAAAAGGCACACUAGAGAUUUUAUUUGACAAGUUUUACAGAUUUGGGUUUGGGAGGAACACAGAGGGGAUUGAGGGGAGGGGGAUGGUCACAUACCAAAGCAUUGACUCAUUAUGGCUUUAUUUUCUGCUUGAUACAGUGGUCAUGGUCCCAUGCCAUGAGAGGGGCGGGGCCCUGGCCAGUUGAGGAGGGGUGGGGUGCCCCUGCCUUUCCACUUUGCUUUCCCUGUCUUUCCCUACCUUUUCCUGCCUGCAGCAACCCUUCCUUGUGAAGGCCAUGAAGGGGCCAGUGCUGGGCUCUUCCCCACUUCUCUAUCAAGCAGCCAGCUUCUCCUUGGCACAGGGACCCACUUGGCAGAGGGAAGGUGGGUGCCAGUCGCAGCCCCUUCCCUCUGCUUGGCCCUGCUGGUGUUGUGUGUCUGCUGUGAAUCAGGGGAACAGGGUAGUGUUGGGCUCAGGAGGGGGACAGAUGUGUGUUUCUGCCAUGCCAUCUCUCUCCUGGGGAUGACAUUUCUAUUUUUCACAGUUACACGCACAUUAUAUCUAUAUAUAUAUAUAUGUGUGUGUGUGUGUAUACAUAUAUAUAUAAUACACGCUGAGGGGUUUUUUUUUUUUCAAUCUUAAUUUAUUGUCCGUACUUUUGAAUGUGUCUCGGGUUUGUGCAGUAGGUGGAGGGAUAGCCCAGACCUGUCCUCUCUUGGAGAAUCCUUUUCUCUCGCAGGGAGGUGGGAUGCUCAUCUGGGACUGAUUCUCCUCUUCCAGCGUGGGUGAAACUGUAAAUGUCCUUGUGGCCUUUCUCCAUGGUGGAGGACAUGAAAAAUCCCACUAUCUUGUGGACACUUCUCUGGGUCUUUUACUUCCAUCUUUUGUGGAUGCAGCAUUGUUUUGUGAACCUUCUUCCUUGCCAAAAGCAAGUGGGAGAAUAGGAAGAAGGGCUGGGUUUGCCUUUGCUUAGAUGUACUCAGGAGGUAACUUGCCAGGGGAGAGAACAUCCUCUGGAGGGUGGCCUCGGUGAGAGCCUGACUUCAUGUGCUCUGCAUCCCUUCCCAAAAGAGCCCUCCCUGUCUCCAGCACCAGAGCAGGGCCCUGAACUGAACUGUCUGUGUGAAAUACCUGACUUGUGCUAUGUGAAUUCCCUGUGUUGUGUCUGAUACGAAACAGCCUCAGCUGCAAUGUUCGAUUCCAGUCCUCAGAAAACAAGCAGAACUCUGGGUUGGGUUGUUUUUUGGUUUUGUUUUGGUUUUGUUUUUGUUUUUUUUUUUUUUUUAAUAAUUUGGUUUUAUGCUUUUAGCAGGGUUACUUCUUAAAACGACAUCUGUCUUUUGUGAGGGCAGGGUGUGUCUGCUCUUCUAGCUGUGCUUCCACACCAACGUAUCUGCCUGCCUCAGUCCGUCCUGGUCUCACAAUUAAACACAAAUAUGGGUCUAUGCUGGUGUUUCCUACCUCUUCCUUGUACAGUCCUGCUUUGUGAGGGAAGGUGGGGGACUUUGCUGGUUUGGGAACUGCCACUCCAGAGCAUCAUCUCCCUGUGUGCAUUUUGGCUCAUCUUAGAGCAGGGGGAACAAGCCCCUUGCUGCUGGGUUUAAUGACUGUGUGAACACAACAUGUUGAUCAGACCCUCCCCAGUUUCCUCCACUAACUUUCCACACCCUGUUUUUCCUUGUUCUGUCUUCAGCAUUGCCAUCCCAAUUUGUUCUGGCCCAGUUCUCCCUGCUUACCCUUGGACAUGUGGCUCUUCCACCCCUGUCCUGUUCUCUAUUUCCUCUUCCUGCUGCUUCUCUCUGUGUUUGUCCAUGCUGAACUUCCCAGCUCAUUUCUGCCCUUGCAGACAAGUUUUUUGGUAGCCAUUCCACUUCCCUUGCUGCCAGAACCAUCUUUUACACCUUCUGCAUCCAACCCUGGCGAUAGGAGACCCUGGCUCCUUCUUGGUAUGUGGCUGCCAGGGACAAAUGUCUUCCAUGAGCCUGAGUGAAAUGUGUUGCCUGAUGAAGCACACUGUAAGAAAAGUGUUGGAAAUUUUACAUCCUUUACAUAUCAACUUCACCUUUGGACAUGUUCAAAUUGUGUCUUCUCCAGCAUCUCUAAGCUGAAAGCUUUAAUUUUAAUUUUUCGGUCCCCUGGACACUCAAAGCCCUGCAGCAUCCGGGGGGCUCAGCCCUCAAACAGCGUGGCUUUGCCCGAGGCGGGUCACAUUUAGGGGCCGGGGAGGUGGUGCAGGGAGUGCAGCAGUGGAGCCUCUGCAGGUGCUCUGCUCCCACCUGUGCGCCCUGUUCCGCUCGCAGCCACCAGAGGAGGGCAGGCUGGGCUCGGCAAACGCCUCCCCUCGGGGGGACACGCUCCCGGGGCUUUCACAGCCCUCGUGUGCUGCUCAGAGCCCUGGAAGUGCGGGAUGUUGGAGCAGGGGGGUGCCCACGCAGGGUGGAGAGGAAGUUUCAGAUACAGAUAAUGGUGCUGGGUGUGAGGCCAGUGGCAGUCCCAGGCACUGGUGUCCACUGUGCUCAGGCUCCUGGCUGGAGACUGUGCCUGACGGAGACUUGGGCAGCAGCGAGGUCACCCAGGUGGGUGGUGGGCAGACAUCUGAACCACCGGGCCUCAUCCAGCCUUCUGCUAAAGGCAAUGAGGAAAAGCUUGGCCGCCCUGAAGUCAGACCUGGGGGUGGUCAUCUGGAGAUGGGUGGUUUGGAGUAGUAGAGGAGGAUACAGGGGGACUUUACUCCCUCUCUGCAGGAGAUGGCUGUGCUGAAGAAAGAGGUGUUGCAGGGCAAAACUCAGCACUGUGUAUCUGUCUGUCUGAAAGUAGGGUAGGUUAAAAAAGCCCACCAAGGAAAUUACGCAUUCAGGGUACUGCCUGUUAAAUGCAGAUAUGAAUAGCUUUGGAAGCUUAUGGAAAUAUGGCUGUUACUUGAUUGCUAGUGAACCCAUACAAAUGGAGACUGGCUUGAGUUGUUGGGUUUUGGAGAUGGAUGGGAAUGAUAGGCCUGUGAGAGGAGCAGGAUGUAGCCCUUGCUGGUGCCAACACAAGUCAGGAGCUGGGCCCUGGCUGGAGCAUAGCCGGGAGCUCACCCCAAGCCCUGUAUCUUGGGCUGGCUGUGAGGAGGGGGAGGUGCAAAAUUCAGGCAAGAGGAGCAGGAUGAGCCCCUCCCCGAGGUGAGAGCUUCUUCUCUGGUGAGAUGGAAGGUGCUAAGUCACUGGGAAAGAGCUCAGCAGACAUCGCAGAGGGCUCUGGUGCACAGCCCAUUGAUAGCAGAGACCUGCAGGGCUGUGCCGGAGGGCUGGGGCGUGCACGUGCCACACACACCUCUGUGCCAGAGGAUUUCCCAGGGAGAGGGGAGCCCCAGGGAGGUGUGUUCAUAGCUCUGAGUUAUGCUCAAAGGAGCCCCCCUGUGCAGCAAGGCUGGUGUGGGGGGGUUGGUCCCCUCUGGAGAUCUGGUGCCUGGGGACCAUUCACCAUUGGCGCUGUGUUUGUCCUGACUGAGGAGGGUUGUGUUGAACUUGGCAGUGCUUCAAGAUUCCCUGAAACACCCAGCUACACCAAUUAGAGGUCUUCUGCUGGCUGUCAGCUUUGAGUUGAAAUCCUGGUGCCUUUCUAAAGUCACAGCUCCUCUGGAAAAAUGAAGUUUAUGUGCAAGUGUCCCUGCAGCUCUUGGCCCAGAAAUGCAAGUGCAGGUGUGGUGCUGAGCCUGGGAUCAAUGCUGAGACACAACACUUCCAGCAGAGAGGUAUUUGGAAUGAAGUAGCCAGUGUUUAAUCAUAGUCUGAUUUUUUAAAAUAUCUUUUUGUUUGUACAGUUUUAAGGAAGAGGCUAUUUGAAUACUCUAUGAUUAGAGACACCUUGUGAGACAUCCCUCCCCUUUGAUCAAUGCACUAGUCUGGCUCAACAGCUGCAUGUAGAUAAAAGUCCUAUACAUAAAGUACAAGGUAUUGUCCUGUUUUAAUUAAAACACUUAAAAUUC